AUGCCCUUGCCCCGCAGGGGAAGGGGACCCCGCUUGGCCAGCUCCCGAGUGGCUAGCUCUAGCCUCCCGCGAGCGGCGGCCCACUGCCCACGGCGUGCCGGCCGCGGGGACCCUUCACUGAGCCAUGCGCAACGCCUCACCCGGCGGCGCCAUUCCUCCGAGCAGGUCCCUCCAGAGCCCGAGCCGCAGGCUGACUUCCGCUCAAGAAAGUCGCUCCAGGAACGCGCCGGAGGGGACACCAGUGAUUCGAAGGAGGCUCAACGUGCCGAGAUGGGGUCUAGGCACAGGAGUGGUUCAAGGGAAGAAGUAGUGAUCCCUUGUGCUUCUGACAGUGAUUCAGGAAGUGUGGAUUUGCAGCUCAGCAAUUUAGAGGAAAUUAAAAAAGACCCAAGUAGUCUUGAACUUACAGACUUAGAUAUCAGUGACAUCCCUGGAUUCUCUGAGGAACCCCUCACAGAUAACCUCAGGCACCUGAGCUACCAGGGCCCCCUCAGCGAUGUCACCAGUGAGAGGCUGAUCCAGUCCAUCCAGGAAGUUUUUAAUAGUGAAUUAAAGAGUGAGCUGGAGAAGCUGACAUUCCUAAGAUCUUUGUCUUCUCUCAGCCAAACUUUACCUUGUGAUGAAACCACAGGAUCAUUCAUUCAUACUAACAUAGAAGAUAUUGUGCAGAUCCUCAGUGAGCUGGUGGAAGAGGAGUCCCUGCAUCUGAUCCUCAGCCCCGUGCUCCCGGAAGUCUUUAUCACCAUCUCUCAACUCAGUUACCAAGAUGUCCAUUUGCUGUUUGGCUCUAAAGAUCGAGCUGACUUGUUCCGUCUUAUCGUCACAAGUGUAAUCACUCUGCCCUCUAUAAAGACUGCUACCCACUUGCAGGAAGUGAUUGCAAGUGAACCCUACAACUCAGAGUGUCUCUACAGGCAGACAUUACAGGCUUUCUCUGAGAUGCUCCAGAGUUUGGUGGUGAAAGACCCACAUUUGGAAAAUCUUGACACCAUUUUUAAGCACUUGGCCCCCUGGUUACAGUCUACCAAAGACCAUGAGCGGGAACGGGCUGCAGCCAGCAUGGCUCAGGUUCUAAAAUGUUUAUCUAGACACCUCAGCUUGAAGCUUCCACUGCAGUUCCAACAACUUGGACACCUCGUGGCUCUGAUGGCACUCCUGUGUGGGGACCCAUUGAAAGAUGUGGCUGAGGAGGCUGCAGAGGGCACACACUACCUACUACAUAUCACCUUGAGGCUGAAGUGUAUUACUCAUGACAAGAAAAAUCACCAAACCUUAAAAAGAGCAAUGAAAAAAUGUCGAGAACUUCUAGAACUCUAUAAUAUCAAACAGUUCUACAGUUGCCCCAUCAAGAUUGCUCAGGUCUUCGAAGUUUUUCUCAAUUCUAAUGAGCUCUGCCAGUUUGUAUUGACCAUAUUGGAUAGCCUGAAAAAUCUGAAACAUCCCUCCACCCAGCAAUCAGCAGGACAACUGCUGAUAACAUUGGUGAAAAAUGCGGAAUCCAGAUUUGAGAAGGUGCCAGAAAUUAUGGGAGUUAUCUGUGCUCAAUUAACCAUAAUCAGCCAUCCUAAAGUCCGCCAACAAAUCAUAAAUACUGUGAGUUUGUUUAUCUCCAGGCCCAAGUACACAGAUAUAGUGAUCAGCCACCUUCUGUGUCAUCCAAUACCAUAUGACAGGCAUCUGACUGAGGUGUGGAGAACUCUGGAGGUAGAGCUUUCCAACUCAACCUGGGUUCUGUGGAGACUCCUGAGGAAGCUGCAGAAAUGCCACAAUGUGCCCACCCAAGAGAAGAUGACCUACAUAGCUGUUGCUGUAACAGAUGCCCUUUAUGAGGUAUUCAUGGGAAACAAGCUCCGAGCAGCCACAUUCCGACUCUUUCCUCAGCUUCUCCUGACUCUGCUCAUCCAGAUUCACCACAGCAUCAACCUCACCAUGUCUGAUGUCACCAUUCCAAGUGGCCUGUACGCAGAGCAGAAAAUGUCAGAGGUCACCCCUUUGUGUUUUGCCAUACAAGCUACAAAGACACUCCUCCUGAGAACAUUGUGCUGGCAUGAAUUCAACACCAUGGAAAAGAACAAAGGAUGGGCCCUCCUGGAAGAAAAAGAUUGCCAUCUGCAGGGAGUAUCUCUCCUUGCCAAUGCACUGCUGGAACAAAAUGAUGCCCUUGCACAGAAGGUUAUGUACUUGUUAGUCCCCUUUCUUAACCGAGGGGAUGACAAACAUAAACUCACAGCUGCAGGCUUUUUCGUGGAGCUUCUCCAGAGUCCUGUGGCUAGUAGACUGCCCAGCAGAUACUCUGUUGCCCGCUUGAAAGACUGGCUACAUCAUGGAAAUACUGUUUUUAAAGUGCUUGCCCUGAGAGGACUGCAUUACCUUAUAAAACACCAGGAGAUGAGGGAAGACAUCAAGAACCUGUUGCCGAGCAUCUUAGACCUCUUGCAUGAAACCAAUGAGAAGAUUGUCUUGUUAGCCAUCCAGAUAUUGCUGCAAUUCGUCAGCACAAUGGAUUUCACCACCCUGACUGACAUGAUGAGGACUCUCUUCUCCUUAUUUGGUGAUGUGAGACCUGAUGUCCAUCGUUUCUCCAUGACCCUCUUUGGAGCUUCCAUAAAGUCUGUGAAAUACACAGAUAAGAAGGGUGCAGAGAACCAAGUCCUGAACAGCUUAGUCCCACUAUUGCUGUAUUCUCAAGAUGAAAAUGAUACUAUAGCUGAGGAGAGCAGGCAAGUCCUGACUAUAUGUGCCCAGUUCCUGAAGUGGAAGCUACCACAGGAAGUGUUCUGCAAAGACCCCUGGUACAUCAAACCUGAUGAAGUUGGAAUAGUCUGCACGUUCUUUGGAAAGAAAUGCCAGGGGAAAGUUAACAUCCUAGCUCAAACAUUGAUGUUUUCCAAGAAUACAAGACUCCCCAUCAGAAGAACAGCAGUCUUGUUUGUAGGGCUCUUGUCAAAAUACAUGGAUCACAGUGAACUCAGGAUGAAGGGUACUGACUGGAUAGAGAAUGAGCUGAAAGAUCUGCUACGAGACCCUGAGCCCUCUCUGCGUAUCAUUGCUUCCCAGGCUCUAUUCCGAAUCCAGAAGGUGCGGACUGAUCCGAGUCCCGUGCCGUCGGUCUGUUGGCUGAGGAAGCUCAUGGGCUGUCUUCCUACCUAGAGAUGCAAGGCAAGCAGCGUCAGAGAAAAGCAUCCUUUAAG